UAAGCUAGUAAAAGGCAAUCAACUAACUCUCAUAGUCGAUCAUACAUUCAUAUCCAUGGCGGCUCUCUGCUAUCAAGACCUGCGCUAGCAUCGAAGGAUUAGGCGUUUUCAGCUACUGAACUACUAAUUGCCAAUGGCAGCGAGGCUCAGUUUGUAUCCUAAAUUCCACCCUUCUCCCUGCAAAACCCUCAAUCCCCCUCGCUUCAAUUUUCAACCCCGUAUCGACAUUCUUCCCUUUCGCAUCCGGGGAACCUCUUCUUCCUACCUACAAGCUUCUAGGCGCUUCUCCACCUUCCCUCAGGAAGGUGAUAAGUUGGCGGAUGAUUCUCGAUAUCGGAGUCAACGUCGGCCGGGUAUAGAAUUGGGAGGGUAUGGCUUUGAUGAGGAUGACGAUGAUGAGGAUGAAGAAGAUGAAGAUCGCAGCUUGGACCUUCUGAUUAAAUUUGUUCAGAAUGUUUUCAGAAAAAUCUCGAGGAAAGCUAGGAAGGCUGUUCGAUCUGUUUUGCCGGUCGCUAUUUCCAGCCAAUUGGUUGGAUUUUCUGUUAAUGGUGUUAUAAUUUUGACAUUUUUAUGGGUUCUAAAGGCACUUCUCGAGGUAAUUUGCACCCUUGGGAGUGUGGUAUUCGCCAGUAUCUUACUCAUCCGCGGAAUAUGGAUGGGCAUAUCAUACUUACAAGACACCCGCAAUCACAGAAUAGAUGACGAAGAUCAUACUGUAUGGACAGGCGCACAACCUGCAAGCUAAUUGCCCUAACGGUGAACAAGAACGACGCCUUACACGCUCAUGGAGUCUAUGGCACUCUGGCGAUUAAAAACCCAGUUUUGAACACUGAACAUUGACACAGAGCAUGUAUAUGUGCAACUCCAAACGUCCAAAAGCCCAUUUAUACUGAUGCUUAGCAGCAUGUAUUUGUUCAAAUAAUGUAUACUAAUUCAAAUUCUAUCUCAAUAAUGUAUGAGCACAGGCUGUUAGCAACUUCAAACUUAUUCUCAAAAGUAGUAAAUUAGAUAAUACUAAGAGAGAAGCUUGCUUUAUAUUCUCUCUCAAUCUAUUUUGUACUGCCAUUUAUGGAAAAUCACGUAGUUGUUAUUCGAAUGUGCAUUUUAAGUGAA